AUGACCCGACAGCCUGUGGACAUCAGAGGUCCCGUAAACCCCCCUGGGGGUACCCCAACUGCCAGCCCCCAGUCCACGCUCCUGCCAGGGACUGAAUCGGGUUUGGCCCUGAGGCUGGUGAAUGGAGGUGACAGAUGUCAGGGCCGAGUGGAGGUCCUGUACCGAGGCUCCUGGGGCACCGUGUGUGAUGACAGCUGGGACACCAACGACGCCGACGUGGUCUGCAGACAGCUGGGCUGUGGCCGGGCCACGUCGGCCCCAGGAAAUGCGCGGUACGGUCAGGGCUCAGGGCCCAUCGUCCUGGACGACGUGCGCUGCUCGGGGCACGAAACCUACCUGUGGAGCUGCCCUCACAACCCAUGGAACACACACAACUGUGGACACAGCGAGGACGCCAGUGUCGUCUGCUCAGCUGCCGGCACCCAGUCCACGCUCGUGCCAGAUUCCUGGACGACCACACCUCCCGGACCAUCUGAAGGAACUGAAUCUGGUUUGGCCCUGAGGCUGGUGAAUGGAGGUGACAGGUGUCAGGGCCGGGUGGAGGUCCUGUACCGAGGCUCCUGGGGCACCGUGUGUGAUGACAGCUGGGACACCAAUGACGCCGACGUGGUCUGCAGACAGCUGGGCUGUGGCCGGGCCACGUCGGCCCCAGGAAAUGCCCGGUACGGUCAGGGUUCAGGGCCCAUCGUCCUGGACGACGUGGGCUGCUCGGGGCACGAAACCUACCUGUGGAGCUGCCCUCACAGAGACUGGAACACACACAACUGUGGACACAGCGAGGACGCCAGUGUCGUCUGCUCAGGUUGGUCUCAAACAAGCUGGGACCUCUUCCCCUGGAAGACACAGGAGAGAGCAUUUUCCCAUCUCCUUCCAGGAACUGAAUCUGGUUUGGCCCUGAGGCUGGUGAAUGGAGGUGACAGAUGUCAGGGCCGAGUGGAGGUCCUGUACCGAGGCUCCUGGGGCACCGUGUGUGAUGACAGCUGGGACACCAACGACGCCGACGUGGUCUGCAGACAGCUGGGCUGUGGCCGGGCCACGUUGGCCCCAGGAAAUGCCCGGUACGGUCAGGGCUCAGGCCCCAUCGUCCUGGACGAUGUGCGCUGCUCGGGGCACGAAACCGACCUGUGGAGCUGCCCUCACAACCCAUGGAACACACACAACUGUAGACACAGCGAGGACGCCAGUGUCGUCUGCUCAGCUGCCGGCACCCAGUCCACGCUCGUGCCAGAUUCCUGGACGACCACACCUCCCGCCUCCGGAACUGAAUCUGGUUUGGCCCUGAGGCUGGUGAAUGGAGGUGACAGGUGUCAGGGCCGGGUGGAGGUCCUGUACCGAGGCUCCUGGGGCACCGUGUGUGAUGACAGCUGGGACACCAAUGACGCCGACGUGGUCUGCAGACAGCUGGGCUGUGGCCGGGCCACGUCGGCCCCAGGAAAUGCCCGGUACGGUCAGGGUUCAGGGCCCAUCGUCCUGGACGACGUGGGCUGCUCGGGGCACGAAACCUACCUGUGGAGCUGCCCUCACAGAGACUGGAACACACACAACUGUGGACACAGAGAGGACGCCAGUGUCGUCUGCUCAGAUUCCUGGACGACCACACCUCCCGCCUCCGGACCUGAAUCUGGUUUGGCCCUGAGGCUGGUGAAUGGAAGUGACAGCUGCCAGGGCCGAGUGGAGGUCCUGUACCGAGGCUCCUGGGGCACCGUGUGUGAUGACAGCUGGGACACCAACGACGCCAACGUGGUCUGCAGACAGCUGGGCUGUGGCCGGGCCACGUCGGCCCCAGGAAAUGCCUGGUACGGUCAGGGCUCAGGCCCCAUCGUCCUGGACGAUGUGCGCUGCUUGGGGCACGAAACCGACCUGUGGAGCUGCGCUCACAACCCAUGGAACACACACAACUGUGGACACAGCGAGGACGCCAGUGUCGUCUGCUCAGAUUCCUGGACGACCACACCUCCCGACCUCUUCCCCUGGAAGACACAGGAGAGUGCAUUUUCCCAUCUCCUUCCAGGACCUGAAUCUGGUUUGGCCCUGAGGCUGGUGAAUGGAAGUGACAGCUGCCAGGGCCGAGUGGAGGUCCUGUACCGAGGCUCCUGGGGCACCGUGUGUGAUGACAGCUGGGACACCAACGACGCCAACGUGGUCUGCAGACAGCUGGGCUGUGGCCGGGCCACGUCGGCCCCAGGAAAUGCCUGGUACGGUCAGGGCUCAGGCCCCAUCGUCCUGGACGAUGUGCGCUGCUCGGGGCACGAAACCGACCUGUGGAGCUGCGCUCACAACCCAUGGAACACACACAACUGUGGACACAGCGAGGACGCCAGUGUCGUCUGCUCAGGUUGGUCUCAAACAAGCUGGGACCUCUUCCCCUGGAAGACACAGGAGAGUGCAUUUUCCCAUCUCCUUCCAGGACCUGAAUCUGGUUUGGCCCUGAGGCUGGUGAAUGGAGGUGACAGAUGUCAGGGCCGAGUGGAGGUCCUGUACCGAGGCUCCUGGGGCACCGUGUGUGAUGACAGCUGGGACACCAAUGACGCCGACGUGGUCUGCAGACAGCUGGGCUGUGGCCGGGCCAUGUCGGCCCCAGGAAAUGCCCAGUACGGUCAGGGCUCAGGGCCCAUCGUCCUGGACGACGUGGGCUGCUCGGGGCACGAAACCUACCUGUGGAGCUGCCCUCACAGCGACUGGAACACACACAACUGUGGACACAGCGAGGACGCCAGUGUCGUCUGCUCAGGUUGGUCUCAAACAAGCUGGGACCUCUUCCCCUGGAAGACACAGGAGAGUGCAUUUUCCCAUCUCCUUCCAGGACCUGAAUCUGGUUUGGCCCUGAGGCUGGUGAAUGGAAGUGACAGCUGCCAGGGCCGAGUGGAGGUCCUGUACCGAGGCUCCUGGGGCACCGUGUGUGAUGACAGCUGGGACACCAACGACGCCGACGUGGUCUGCAGACAGCUGGGCUGUGGCCGGGCCACGUCGGCCCCAGGAAAUGCCCGGUACGGUCAGGGCUCAGGCCCCAUCGUCCUGGACGAUGUGCGCUGCUCGGGGCACGAAACCGACCUGUGGAGCUGCCCUCACAACCCAUGGAACACACACAACUGUGGACACAGCGAGGACGCCAGUGUCGUCUGCUCAGGUUGGUCUCAAACAAGCUGGGACCUCUUCCCCUGGAAGACACAGGAGAGUGCAUUUUCCCAUCUCCUUCCAGGAACUGAAUCUGGUUUGGCCCUGAGGCUGGUGAAUGGAGGUGACAGAUGUCAGGGCCGAGUGGAGGUCCUGUACCGAGGCUCCUGGGGCACCGUGUGUGAUGACAGCUGGGACACCAAUGACGCCGACGUGGUCUGCAGACAGCUGGGCUGUGGCCGGGCCAUGUCGGCCCCAGGAAAUGCCCAGUACGGUCAGGGCUCAGGGCCCAUCGUCCUGGACGACGUGGGCUGCUCGGGGCACGAAACCUACCUGUGGAGCUGCCCUCACAGCGACUGGAACACACACAACUGUGGACACAGCGAGGACGCCAGUGUCGUCUGCUCAGGUUGUCUUUCCCUGGAAGGAUUCUGAAUCUCGUUUGGCCCUCAGGACCUCUUCCCCUGGAAGACACAGGAGAGUGCAUUUUCCCAUCUCCUUCCAGGACCUGAAUCUGGUUUGGCCCUGAGGCUGGUGAAUGGAAGUGACAGCUGCCAGGGCCGAGUAGAGGUCCUGUACCGAGGCUCCUGGGGCACCGUGUGUGAUGACAGCUGGGACACCAACGACGCCGACGUGGUCUGCAGACAGCUGGGCUGUGGCCGGGCCACGUCGGCCCCAGGAAAUGCCUGGUACGGUCAGGGCUCAGGCCCCAUCGUCCUGGACGAUGUGCGCUGCUCGGGGCACGAAACCGACCUGUGGAGCUGCCCUCACAACCCAUGGAACACACACAACUGUGGACACAGCGAGGACGCCAGUGUCAUCUGCUCAGGUUGGUCUCAAACAAGCUGGGACCUCUUCCCCUGGAAGACACAGGAGAGUGCAUUUUCCCAUCUCCUUCCAGGACCUGAAUCUGGUUUGGCCCUGAGGCUGGUGAAUGGAGGUGACAGAUGUCAGGGCCGAGUGGAGGUCCUGUACCGAGGCUCCUGGGGCACCGUGUGUGAUGACAGCUGGGACACCAAUGACGCCGACGUGGUCUGCAGACAGCUGGGCUGUGGCCGGGCCAUGUCGGCCCCAGGAAAUGCCCAGUACGGUCAGGGCUCAGGGCCCAUCGUCCUGGACGACGUGGGCUGCUCGGGGCACGAAACCUACCUGUGGAGCUGCCCUCACAGCGACUGGAACACACACAACUGUGGACACAGCGAGGACGCCAGUGUCGUCUGCUCAGCUGCUGGCACCCAGUCCACGCUCCUGCCAGAUUUGGCAUUUUCCCAUCUCCUUCCAGGACCUGAAUCUGGUUUGGCCCUGAGGCUGGUGAAUGGAAGUGACAGCUGCCAGGGCCGAGUGGAGGUCCUGUACCGAGGCUCCUGGGGCACCGUGUGUGAUGACAGCUGGGACACCAACGACGCCGACGUGGUCUGCAGACAGCUGGGCUGUGGCCGGGCCACGUCGGCCCCAGGAAAUGCCUGGUACGGUCAGGGCUCAGGCCCCAUCGUCCUGGACGAUGUGCGCUGCUCGGGGCACGAAACCGACCUGUGGAGCUGCCCUCACAACCCAUGGAACACACACAACUGUAGACACAGCGAGGACGCCAGUGUCGUCUGCUCAGCUGCUGGCACCCAGUCCACGCUCCUGCCAGAUUCCUGGACGACCACACCUCCCGCCUCCGGAACUGAAUCUGGUUUGGCCCUGAGGCUGGUGAAUGGAGGUGACAGGUGUCAGGGCCGGGUGGAGGUCCUGUACCGAGGCUCCUGGGGCACCGUGUGUGAUGACAGCUGGGACACCAACGAUGCCGAUGUGGUCUGCAGACAGCUGGGCUGUGGCCGGGCCACGUCGGCCCCAGGAAAUGCCCGGUACGGUCAGGGCUCAGGGCCAAUCGUCCUGGACGACGUGCGCUGCUCGGGGCACGAAACCUACCUGUGGAGCUGCCCUCACAGAGACUGGAACACACACAACUGUGCACACAGUGAGGACGCCAGUGUCGUCUGCUCAGAUUCCUGGACGACCACACCUCCCGACCUCUUCCCCUGGAAGACACAGGAGAGUGCAUUUUCCCAUCUCCUUCCAGGAACUGAAUCUGGUUUGGCCCUGAGGCUGGUGAAUGGAGGUGACAGGUGUCAGGGCCGGGUGGAGGUCCUGUACCGAGGCUCCUGGGGCACCGUGUGUGAUGACAGCUGGGACACCAACGACGCCGACGUGGUCUGCAGACAGCUGGGCUGUGGCCGGGCCACGUCGGCCCCAGGAAAUGCCCGGUACGGUCAGGGCUCAGGCCCCAUCGUCCUGGACGACGUGCGCUGCUCGGGGCACGAAACCUACCUGUGGAGCUGCCCUCACAGCGACUGGAACACACACAACUGUGGACACAGCGAGGACGCCAGUGUCGUCUGCUCAGGUUGGUCUCAAACAAGCUGGGUCACUAGGCCAACCCUGACUCUCCCCGCCUCAUCUAAUGUGGAGGGAACUGAAUCUGGUUUGGCCCUGAGGCUGGUGAAUGGAGGUGACAGAUGUCAGGGCCGAGUGGAGGUCCUGUACCGAGGCUCCUGGGGCACCGUGUGUGAUGACAGCUGGGACACCAACGACGCCGACGUGGUCUGCAGACAGCUGGGCUGUGGCCGGGCCACGUCGGCCCCAGGAAGUGCCCGGUACGGUCAGGGCUCAGGGCCCAUCGUCCUGGACGACGUGGGCUGCUCGGGGCAUGAAACCUACCUGUGGAGCUGCCCUCACAGCGACUGGAACACACACAACUGUGGACACAGCGAGGACGCCAGUGUCGUCUGCUCAGGUUGGUCUCAAGCAACGUCGGCCCCUUUUACCCCUGUCGUGCGCCCUGUGUCAAAUUAUUCCUGCGGAAGCUUCCUGUCCCAACCUUCAGGGAGCUUUGUCAGCCCAUCCUACCCUGGGAACUAUCCGAACAAUGCCAAGUGUGUGUGGGACAUUGAAGUUCAGAACAACUACGUAGUGACUGUAGUCUUCAGAGACGUCCAGCUUGAAGGCGGCUGUAACUACGAUUAUAUUGAAGUGUUUGAUGGCCCUUACCACAGUUCCCCUCUGCUUGCCCGGGUUUGUGACGGGGCGACGGGCUCCUUCACCUCGUCAUCCAACUUCAUGUCCAUUCGCUUCAUCAGCGAUGGCAGCGUCACGAAGAGAGGGUUCCAGGCUGCAUACUACUCCAGUCUUCACAAUGGGGUCACAAAGCUGCUUUGCCUGCAGAAUCACAUGCAAGCCAGUGUGAGCGUGGACUACCUCCAGUCUCUGGGCCACUCUGCCAGAGACCUCGUCAUCCCCGGCUGGAACAGGAGCUACCAGUGUCAGCCCCAGAUUACUUCGAGCCAGGUGACCUUCACAGUUCCCUACUCCGGCUGUGGCACCAUCGAGCAGGUGGAUAAUGAUACCAUCACCUACUCCAACUUCCUCAAAGCAGCUGUUUCAAGUGGCAUCAUCAAGAGGAGGAAGGACCUCCACAUUCAAAUCAGCUGCAAAAUGCUCCAGAACACGUGGGUUAACACAAUGUACAUUGCCAAUGACACCCUCGAGGUCAAGAACAUACAAUACGGCAACUUUGACGUGAACAUUUCCUUUUAUACGUCCUCUUCAUUCCUAUAUCCCGUGACCAGCAGCCCCUACUAUGUGGACCUGAACCAGGAUUUGUACCUUCAGGCUGAAAUCCGCCAUUCUAACGCCUCCCUGGCCUUAUUUCUGGACACCUGUGUGGCGUCACCGUCUCCCACUGACUUUACAUCUUUGACUUAUGAUCUCAUCCGGAGUGGGUGUGUGAAGGAUGAAACCUACCGAUCCUACCACCAGCCCUCACCCGACGUCCUCUGCUUCAAGUUCAAUGCCUUCCGCUUCCUGAGCCUCUUCCCCUCCGUGUACCUGCAGUGCAAGAUGGUCGUGUGCAGGUCGUACGAUGCCUCGUCCCGCUGCAGCAGAGGCUGCAUCGUGAGGGCCAGGAGGGACGUGGGCUCCUACCAGGAGAAGGUGGAUGUCACCCUGGGACCCAUCCGGCUGCAGGUCCCGCACGCUGAGAAGAGGAGCCUGGACCAUCCAGAGGUUGACCUGGAAGAGGAGGCCAGCCCCCAGGGGAGCUACCACAGUGCCACCAUCCUUGCUGGGGUCUUCCUGGUCGUGCUCUUGGCUGCAGCAGCCUUCAUAUUGGGGAGGAGCACCCGUGCUGCCCGUGGCCAGCGUCUGAGCUCUAGGAUGUGA